GACUACUAACUACAGCAAUGGGGGAGUAGCGACGAUUUGGAGUUCUACAUGGUUGAGCACCGGAGAUAUCGUAACGGGUUCGAUCGAUGGUUCUACUCGUAUCUGGUCACCUUCGCUGGAAACGAAAUUUGACUUGAAAUCACAGCUUAUGGGAAUUGUAAGUGUCUCUAGCAGCCCCAAAAUGCCAUAUUUUGUAACCAGUUCGAUUGAUGGCACUUUGUGUGUGCGCUCUUCGCAGAACGGGGAGGUGAUUCAGAGUUUGUCUCUCGGACCGAUGGAAGCGUGGAAAGUCUUGUGGACCUCUACAAACCAAAUCAUAACCGGUAACGGCAACGGUAUUGUCAAGAUUUGGAGCUUUACUAACAACAUAUCCUCUUUCUUUGUCCAUUUUUUCAGAGUCAAUGAGAGAACUGCGAAUCAAUUCAUUUUGAUGCAUCUUUCCUCAUUGCUAUACUUCCUCUCUUUUUUCUUAUCCUAUUUGUUUCCUUCAUCGCCACAAACUCGAAUCCCCCAAAGAAAUCCCCACCAACAAUGGCUUCAUCAUGAGCCUCGCCUGCUCCCCCGAGGGCGAUCUCCUCGCCACCGGCCACAAAGACGGCUCGCUCACGCUUCUCGACCUCUCCAAACUGCGCGUGCUGCACACUCUGCACGACCACGCGAUGCCCAUUCGCACGCUCGUUUUCUCCGCGUCCAAGCAGCUCUACGCGGGCUGCGACGACGGAAGCGUCUCGUGUCAUGACUGCAGAACGGAGAGCUUCGCGCUGGUCGAUUCGCUGCAGGGACACACAGGGUUCGUGACGGCGGUGGACAUCUCCGCUGAUGAGAAGUACUUGGUGUCCAGUUCGGCGGAUAAGAAGGUGAUUGUGUGGUCGCUGAAGGAGAGAGAGACGCCGCAGACGAUGAACUGUCAUAAUUGCAUUGUGUGGUCGGUAGCGUUCUCGCCGGACGGGUCGAAGAUCGUUUCGACGGGGGACGACGGAUCCGUGCAGAUUUAUGUUAGGAAGGAGACCGUUUAA